AUGGUCCAGCAAGUUAGCAUGUCCAUAUCUCUACCAGGUUCAUUUGAAGAAGAUAUAGAGUCUCUCUUAUCAGAACAAGACGAUCUCACUCCAGAAAGUCUCUUUGGAAUAGAAGAAGAAUAUUCAGACUCUACUGAAUAUUCAGAAGAGUCCUCUUCAGAUUCUGAUGAUAAUGAAAUUUCAAUUCUGAUGAUCAGGACAGCUGAGGAACAUCAUCAACACCUGGAACAAUUCCUUGCUAUCAUCCAAAAGUAUGGAAUCAUGCUUUCAGAGAAAAAGAUCAUACCACACCUAUCCAGUUACACAUGUCAUCUUUCCAAAAUGCUCAAAAAGGACCCUCCCCCUUGGGGAACAGAACAAACAACAGCUGUCAAGAGACUAAAAGAAUUGGUUCACAAUCCUCCACCCCUUACCAUUCCGUCUACAGGACAUCUUAUCCUACAGACUGACGCAUCCAAUCAUGCAUGGGGGGCAAUUCUUCUUGAAAAUCUCAAUAACAAGGAACAACUAUGUGGUUAUGCAUCAGGACAAUUUUCUCCAUCUGAAAGGCAUUACCAUUCAACAUAUAAAGAGAUUCUGGCAGUCAAAUACGGGAUAAAAAAGUUUAAGUUUUUCCUGAUUGGUUAA